AUGUUCGACAUACUGUCACAUACAGAAGCAAUGCGGAAGGUCUUGCGAGCAGCUGAAGGAUUAUCGCAGCACUCCAAGUGCAGCCUGCGACAGGUGAUUGCGCCUCGACGGGUUGCCAAUUCGUUUCUGGAUUCUCCCCCAAGACCCAUAUCUGACUGUCAAUGCACCGAGAAACUGGCCACGGGGUGUUUAAUUCUUCGGUGUUCCAAAUCUUGGAUUCUGAGUGGUAUUGGAGAGGCUCUGAGGAUCUACGCCAUUGGGCAGAAGUUGCUAUGGGUGGAGAACAAGGAUUUUCCAAGUGCCAUUGUCCCGUUUGCUACUCAAGGCUCGUGCAAGAUCAUUGGAGAUAUGCAGGUGUCGAUCCUGCUUGCCGCCUACAAGGAGCCGGAAAACAGACUGCUCAAUUUCGCAGAUGACUCGCAACCACACUGGAACAUCGCCUUGAUUGUGUUGCAUUGCAAUUUGGUUGUCGCCAGCGACCGCUUGGGCAGUGUCCUCCUGAACUACCUCGAUUGCAGCAUUUCAGACCUGGUCGAGGCCGAUUCUAGCGGUGCUGCCAUUGUAUAUGAGAUAUCCAUACGCAUCGACACGCCGUACAAGACCAAGAUGCCGGUGUACUUCUACGUCGGCGCCCUCAUUGCGGUCAUACAAAGUCUAGCAUGUUGCAGAAGGACGGGAGGUUCUGUUAACAUCGUCGACCUUUUGUCUGCCCUGGAACACCACAUGCGGACGGAGCAAGACUGGCUGAGCCCCAUCGGAAGGGAUCAAAUGAGCUGGAGGGGAUACUAUGUCCCAGUCAAAGAAUCAGCGACUGCGGAGUUGGACCGUGCUGUCGGCGAGGUGGCGAAGAAGUUGGAGCAGUUGAGGCUCAUGGCGAGCGAUGUUUAUGGUUCCACAUAUACGAACGUUGACAUGCACCAAGUGUCUGCCGCAACUACUGGUAGAGUUGAUUAG